ACUGGUCGCGCCGCCGCGGGAACCCACCACGGCGGCAGAAGCUUUUUGGAAAAUGCCUCAUAAAGAUGAAUUGAUGCAUAGCGCGGCUAUGGGGGGCGGAGCCUUAUUCGGGUGCUCCUCAGCUGGUCAUAGCGGUAUCAACCAGCUCGGCGGCGUGUAUGUGAACGGGCGACCGCUGCCGGACUCCACGCGGCAGAAGAUCGUGGAGCUGGCGCACUCGGGGGCCAGGCCGUGUGACAUCAGCCGGAUACUCCAGGUCUCCAACGGCUGCGUCUCCAAAAUACUCGGCAGCUUCACACGCAGAUAUUACGAGACGGGGUCAAUCAAGCCUCGUGCCAUCGGGGGUUCGAAGCCGCGGGUGGCCACCACGCCCGUUGUCCAGAAGAUAGCGGACUACAAGAGGGAGUGUCCUUCGAUCUUCGCUUGGGAGAUCAGGGAUCGUCUCCUGAGUGAAAACGUGUGCAAUAACGACAAUAUACCUAGCGUAUCAUCAAUAAACCGCGUGCUUCGAAACCUGGCGUCCCAGAAGGAGCAAGCGGCAUCGGCGCAGAAUGACAGCGUCUACGAAAAGCUUAGGAUGUUCAAUGGCCAGGCAGCGACUGGUUGGUGGUACCCUGGCCUACCCACCGCGCCGGCAGCGCCGACGAUACCUGCUCCUCUACCUCCCCAGCUGAACAGGACGGGGAACAGCGAAGAACAUAAACGAGAUGCUCUUCAAUCCGAGGCGGGGUCAGACGGCAAUAGCGAACACGCGUCGUCAGGAGACGAGGAUUCGCAGAUGAGGUUACGACUGAAAAGGAAACUGCAGAGAAAUCGGACCUCCUUCACCAAUGACCAAAUAGACAGCCUGGAAAAAGAAUUCGAAAGAACCCACUACCCCGACGUGUUCGCGAGGGAGCGACUUGCUGAAAAGAUCGGAUUGCCUGAGGCACGUAUCCAGGUUUGGUUUUCCAAUCGGCGAGCGAAGUGGCGCCGUGAAGAGAAGCUUCGGAGUCAGCGGAGGGACGCCCCAGCGGCAUCACCCCCCGCACCACCCGCACCCCGCCUUCCCCUAAAUGGGGGGUUCAACUCCAUGUACAGUCCCAUACCGCAACCUAUUGCCACCAUGGGCGAUUCCUAUAGUUCGAUGUCGGGCGGACUCACGUCGUCGUGCCUACAGCAGCGUGACGGGGGUUACCCGUAUAUGUUUGGCGACGUGCUCGGCAGCGGGGGAUAUUCCCGAGCGCCGGCGGCGCACCAACAACACGCUGCCUACUCACAACCUCAGGCCACGGGUGGCACCGGUGUAAUAUCGGCGGGUGUGAGCGUACCAGUGCAAAUACCUUCGCAAGGGCCAGACCUCGCGUCUAACUAUUGGGGCCGGCUUCAGUGAUCUCAGCUAUUCGGGUUCCCGCAUCGUCUACUCACGAUGCCUGAGAACCCGACGGGCGUGCCCGAAUCCCCAUCUGCCGGUGAAAUCGCGCACAACUACGCGGACUUGUCUAUGAACGCUCUAAACAUGACUGCUGGACAUGACGCCAACGUUUUGGCGGGAGAUUUGCAACAAGAACAAAACAAUUCUGUAUCAUAAAACAAUCAAGAUAUCAAAUAGGUUUUUGGUUACCAGUGAGUUUUAUUUUUUCAGUGGCUAAAUGGUGCAUAUUAUUAUUUAAUGUGAAAACGUUACUUGCAUUGUAAAUCAUGGAUACGAUAUUAUUAAGAUAUGCAACUGAUGAUGUUCAAACCUAGUAGUAAGCAAGCGAUCAUAAGCAAUGAACUGUGUCAUAAUUAAUUAAUGCUGCAAUUGAUUUUUGUACUUAAAAUUAAAUUAUGUUACUUAAUCUUUUAAUUGAUUAAAAAUCUAAAAGAUACAUUUCAUUGCUUGUGUUCAAAAAAAUAGUAAGCUAGAAAGAAAUGACGGCGCGGGUAAUGUAAAUAUUGAUUAGCGCCAUCUAUUGUUGAGUAGAAGAAGUUUCAUACCGCGAGACUUAAGCAGAGGGAUAGUCGGCGGGAAAAUAAAAUAUUAUAAAUUGUUUGUGCCAACAUUUGUAAUAAUUGAGUGUUAUGGGCCCUUACGAGCACAACCCUUUAUUUCUUUGAUGUGUGCGUUAGGGUGCAAAAUAUUAAUGGUACAGUGGAAAGAACGGCAACAGGCUUCGUUACAGCGAUUUGUUUGACAUCCAACCCCUCUAAAACAAAUUGUCGAAUGAACUAAUCAUGUUUGUAUAAUUGUAUAAUAAAACUACAAUAAUCGAUGUUGUGAGUGACGUGUUGAUUUGCCACUAUUAAACACACAAUGGACGUUAAAACGAAUUAAUUUAUUAUAUUUAUUAGUUAUAUUUGUAAGAUCAAUUUUGCUGUGAUUAAAAUGUAGUUUGUAUAAGAGGUUACAAUAAUUUUACAACAAUACGAAGCACAUUAAUAGGUAAAAUGG